GCGCUAAAUUACCUCAAGGAAGUUUAAUGCAGACGUUGUUAUAAGGAGCAGCAUUUCGUUUAUGGAUGGUCAUGUUUGGUGAACAUAAGUCUAUAUUUGUUUGGUUUCCUUUUGGAAAGCGGAGCGAGGUAAUUUGUAUCUGUGUCAAACUUCUCUUAUUUCUUGUAAUAUUUUACCUCCGCACGUAUAAUUGAAUGUAAUUGUAGCACAUGUUCGAGACAUGAUCACAUGUUCGUAAUAGUAGCACAUGUUCAAGACAUGAUUUCCUUUGUGCUAUGUGUGUAUUUACAUUGUUGCAUUUGUGUAUUCUUUGUGUAGUUUUACGGUGUCUAGAAGUCUACGUGUACUAUGUAUGUUGAUGCAUGGUACUUCAAGGAAAUCAACGUCGAACGGCGAUAGCUAAUAAAGACAUCAAUUCCCUACUGAACAAUCAUACUUGGUCAUGGGCGGAGACAAGGGAGGCUCCUUAAGGCUCCAGAGAGACUACAGACAAUCAAACAGAGAGAUAAUCAACCAUAGAGAGACUCAACCGUAGAGACACUCAACCAGAGAGACUACAGACAGAGACUAAUGCUGAAACAGCAGUAACCGGACAGAGGAUCAACCAGAGAGAAACACGCUUCCAGAGACUAGAUCCAGGAUCCAUAAAGACCAAACAAAGAACAAAGAGAGAGCUGAGUUAUGAAGACACAUCACUGUGAUACAUGUGGGAAGAGCCUUUCCUCAUCCAUUAACCUCAAGAAGCACACAAUGAUCCACACUGGAGAGAAACCCUACUGCUGUGACCUAUGUGGUAAAACCUUUAACCAGGCUGGCAAUUUCAGAGCUCAUAGCAGAAUCCAUACUGGAGAGAAGCCCUACAGCUGUGACCUCUGUGGUAAAACCUUUAGCCAUAGUAGCAAUUACACAUAUCACUGCAGGAUCCACACUGGAGAGAAACCCUACAGUUGUGACCUCUGUGGUAAAACCUUUAGCCGUGCUAGCAGUUACACAGUUCACCGCAGGAUCCACACUGGAGAGAAGCCCUACAGCUGUGACCUCUGUGGUAAAACCUUUGGCAGUGCUAGCAGUUACACACAUCACCGCAGGAUCCACACUGGAGAGAAGCCCUACAGCUGUGACCUCUGUGGUAAAACCUUUGGCAGUGCUAGCAGUUACACACAUCACCGCAGGAUCCACACUGGAGAGAAGCCCUACAGUUGUGACCUCUGUGGUAAAACCUUUAGCCAUGCUAGCAGUUACACAGUUCACCGCAGGAUCCACACUGGAGAGAAACCCUUCAGCUGUGACCUCUGCGAUAAAACCUUUAGCCAGACUGGCCAUUUAAAAGAUCAUAGCCGGAUCCACACUGGGGAGAAGCCCUAUCACUGUGAUACAUGUGGGAAGAGCCUUUCCUCAUCUAGUAACCUCAAGAGGCACAUGAUGAUCCACACUGGAGAGAAGCCCUACAGCUGUGACCUUUGUGGUAAAACCUUUAGCCAUGCUAGCAGUUACACAUAUCAUCGCAGGAUCCACACUGGAGAGAAGCCCUACAGCUGUGACCUUUGUGGUAAAACCUUUAGCCAUGCUAGCAGUUACACAUAUCACCGCAGGAUCCACACUGGAGAGAAGCCCUACAGCUGUGACCUUUGUGGUAAAACCUUUAGCAGAGCUAACCAUUUCAAAGAUCAUAGCCGGAUCCACACUGGAGAGAAGCCCUACAGCUGUGACCUUUGUGGUAAAACCUUUAGCCAUGCUAGCAGUUACACAUAUCACCGCAGGAUCCACACUGGAGAGAAUCCCUACAGCUGUGACCUCUGUGGUAAAACCUUUAGUCAGGCUGGCAAUCUCAGACAUCACCGCAGGACCCACACUGGAGAGAAGCCCUACAGCUGUGACCUCUGUGAUAAAACCUUUAGCCAUGCUGCCACUUUCAGAAUUCACCGCAGGAUCCACACUGGAGAGAAGCCCUACAGCUGUGACCUCUGUGGUAAAACCUUUAGCCAGGCUGGCAAUCUCAGACAGCACCGCAGGACCCACACUGGAGAGAAGCCCUACAGCUGUGACCUCUGUGAUAAAACCUUUAGCCAUGCUACCACUUUCAGAAUUCACCGCAGGAUCCACACUGGAGAGAAGCCCUACAGCUGUGACCUCUGUGAUAAAACCUUUAGCUAUGCUAACAGUUUCAAAAUUCACCGCAGGAUCCACACUGGAGAGAAGCCUUACAGCUGUGACCGCUGUGGUAAAACCUUUAGCCAUGCUAGCAGUUACACAGAUCACCGCAGGAUCCACACUGGAGAGAAGACUUACAGCUGUGACCUCUGUGGUAAAACCUUAAGCAGUGGUAGCAGUUUCAAAGUUCACUGCAGAAUCCACACUGGAGAGAAGCCCUACAGCUGUGACCUCUGUGACUAUUCAGGUAAAACAAGUACCCAUCUGAAGAGUCACCUGCAUGUCCACAAUAGAAAAACCCCAAAGCAGUGA